GAUAUUUUUAUUCCAGUUUUUGUCCGGCGUUGGCGGUAAUAGCCAGCGUAAUGCGUCUAUCGGAUAACAUAGCAGGAGUGACGAUAUUGGCAUUCGGAAACGGUGCGCCUGACAUCUUCACGUCCCUCGUGUCGGGAGGCGACGGUGCGAUAAUAAUGUUCACCGAAUUAAUCGGCGCGGGUGUCUUCGUAACUUCGAUGAUUGCCGGUUCCGUGGCGAUAAUUAAGCCCUUUAAAGUUUCGCUCGGAUCUCUCAUGAGAGACGCCUGUUUUUAUAUCAUCUCUGUGUGCUGGAUAAGCUUCGUGGUGUGGGAUGAAAUGGUUUACCUCUGGGAGGCCGUAAGCUUUAUUCUGGUCUACGUGCUGUUCAUCGUGGCAGUCGUGAUAAUGCAGAUGUAUGACACCAGGGAAGAGAAUCUAAAAAUUUGGCGAACGACUGUUGGCAACGUGCCAGUAAUGGCGAUAUUCCUCGUUGUCGGCACCGUAACUGGAGUAAUUGUAUUUGUAACGACCCACGUGGACCGUGUACCAAAGUUCCAUAAUCUGUUCGCGUUCUUGGGAUUUUUGGCUGGCAUGUUGACGGUUUAUUUGGUGGCCGGGGAGGUCAUGGCGGUACUCCAAUGCAUAGGAUACGCGUGCAGCAUAUCUGACGCCAUGCUGGGCAUCACCUUUCUUGCUUGGGGAAACAGCAUUGGGGAUCUCAUAUCGAAUACCACCAUCGCGAGACAAGGAUUUCCACGCAUGGGAUAUGCAGCUUGCUUCGGCGGACCGAUGUUUAACACUCUACUGGGACUAGGGUUGACUUACGGCAUCGCUGCCGCUGCCGAUCCUGAACAACAGACGAAGAUCAGGAUCAGUGAUAUGGCACCUGGUUGCCUAGCUUUCCUCCUGUGCUCGCUUGUGGCUACCAUAAUUUACUUGAACAUUACGGGAGCUGUCGCACGUCGCUCCUACGGCGGUCUCUUGUAUUCCAUCUACUUCGCCUUUAUUCUGAUACAAUUUCUGAGCGAGCUACACGUUAUACACCCGCUUGGCACCGAUCAUCGACCUGACAUGUGAUGUACGUGUAUAUAUAUGCACGUGAAAAUUAGUGUGAGCGUUUAUAUAUUUAUAUUAUUAUACAAUGUAAAAUUAAUAUAUAUAUAGAUCUAAAACUGAAAAAAAUAA